AUGGAAGAACGUGAUAAUGAAGAAGAAAUCCAAUCAGCAGAUGAGGAAUUUAAUAACGAUACAAUACAAGUUGUAAAUGAUACAGUAGAAAAUGUUGAAAUCUGUGAAAUUGCAAGUGAAGAUAUAGCUGAUCGCUUAGAAAGAACAGUGACUAUGGACGGUAUUAUGAAAGCACCGCCUCAGAUAAGCAUAAUGGAUCCCGACCCUCAUGAAAAAAAAGAAUUGAACGAAUAUGAGCCAAGUGAACCACAGGAGGCAGAAUUUUUACCUUAUAAUAUUAGAGCUUUAUCAAAGCAUGCCACAACGUACGAAUUAGAGAAGUUUGAAAAGAAUUGUCUUGUUAUAUUCAAUCAAGAAAAUGUUGAAGGAUUUAAACCUAGAUUUGGUACAGAAAAAGAUGUACAAGUUUUAAAGGAUACAUUUUCUAACUUCGGUUUUGAGGUGACUGAACACAAGGAUUUUACAAAGGAUGAAGUGUUCAGGGAAUUAAAAUCGUUCAGUGAAAGAGACUUCACGGAUUACGGGUGCGUUGCUGUGGCAGUGUUGACGCACGGCUCUAACCACGGUCUACUCCGGGCCAAGGAUCAGCCCUACAGCGAGAUCGAAAUCAUAAACCAUUUCAAAGUUUACAACAAGCCAACUCUGGUCACGAAGCCAAAGAUCUUGAUUAUUCAGGCAUGCCGGGGCAAGAGUGAAAUGCAAGGCGUGGUGGUGUUCCGAUCAGGGGUAAUAAAGAAAGACUACGACGAAUCGCGGGAACCGUACACGUUGCCUGCGGAGUCCGACAUGUUGAUAUUGCACAGUUCAUAUGUCGGCCAUCCAUCACACAGAGAUGAACUUCACGGUUCGUGGUUCAUUCAAACGCUUUGCAACAAGAUCACCCAGCUGGCUCCAACGCACGACUUCGAAUCAAUUGUGGUUGAAAUGCCCGUCACGACAUCCACUUUAAUAAGAAAAUUAUAUCUAAAGAGAUUUGGAGAUGAAUCCAUGAAGCUGACGCCUACAUACAAUGACGCAAGUUCCCCAAGGAACGAAGUUCUCGACAAUAGCGGUUCAAGUACGCCCAUGUUGGUCCAGUUCGGUCCUUGUUCUUGCUUCUUGGAUCAUUUUACUUACUUGAUAAAAUGCUUAAGUUAUUACGUCGAAGAAAAUCCACACGAUGUAACUGCAAGGUCAUAUUUGGAAAUUUCUCUAUCGUUCGAAGACAGCAUUGAAUUCAACACUCCUAAAAGGAAAAUGGCGAAGGCAAUUUGUAAUUAUUUAGGUAUAUGUGCUAAGGACACACAUUACUUUAAGUAUUUAUAUUUUUAUAGGCACGACUGA